CGCGAGUCGUCUUCCUCGCAGAGUCGCAGCCAAUUUGCAUACUCGCAAAAUUUCUUCAGGUUCAGAAGUGUCCAGAUCUGGCACGCCUCGCUCCGCCUGGCCACGCCUUGCGACACCUCCUUACGCCUUCCCCGCGCUAAACGUGCAACUCGUGAAACAGCCGACCGCCUCUGGCGAUUUCCUGCCGCCUCGCUCCGACGCGCGCGAAGGCAUGUCUUUAAAAACACUGGGUCAAGAUGGUGAAAGUGAAAUAGUAACUGAAGAUGCUACAUUUGUUCAUGGGGAACCUCCUCAAGAUGCUAAUGGCCUCCCAAAAGUUGAUUCUAAGGUGGAAGUCCUUCAUGAGAAAGUCACGAAGCAAAUCAUUAAGGAAGGUCAUGGUCCAAUACCAUCCAAAUAUUCAACAUGCUUCUUGCACUACAGGGCAUGGACUCAAAGCACACGGCAUAAGUUUGAAGACACAUGGGAUGAACAACGACCACUUGAAAUGAUUUUAGGAAAAGAGAAAAAAGAAAUGACUGGCUUGGCUAUUGGUGUCUCCAACAUGAAAUCUGGAGAGCGUGCCCUUUUACAUGUAGGCUGGGAGUUAGGGUAUGGGAAAGAAGGAAGCUUUUCUUUUCCGAAUGUUCCACCCUUGGCAGAUAUAUCAUAUGAAGUUGAGCUUAUUGGGUUUGAUGAAACCAAAGAAGGGAAAGCUCGUGGUGACAUGACUGUGGAGGAGAGGAUUGGAGCAGCAGAUAGAAGAAAGAUGGAUGGAAAUGCUUUAUUUAAAGAAGAAAAACUAGAGGAGGCUAUGCAACAGUAUGAAAUGGCCAUUGCAUAUAUGGGUGACGACUUCAUGUUCCAGUUGUUUGGGAAGUACAGGGACAUGGCUUUGGCUGUUAAAAAUCCAUGCCACCUUAACAUUGCAGCGUCUCUUAUAAAGCUCAAGCGGUAUGAAGAAGCCAUUGGACAAUGCAGUAUUGUUCUGGCGGAGGAUGAAAACAAUGUCAAAGCAUUAUUUAGGCGAGGAAAAGCCAGAGCAGAGCUUGGGCAGACAGAUGCUGCCCGGGAAGACUUUUUAAAGGCACGUAAAUUUGCACCUGAAGACAAAGCUAUUGCAAGGGAGUUGCGUCUGCUUGCUGAGCAUGACAAGGCUGUUUAUCAGAAACAAAAAGAGAUCUACAAGGGACUUUUCGGACCAACCCCGGAACCUAAACCCAAGCGAAAUAAUUGGUUGAUCGUCAUUUGGCACUGGCUAUUGUCAUUAUUCUACAGUGUCUUCAGGCGUGAAAGGCAUAAAGCUGAUUAGUCAAAGCUCUUGAAGUCUUGAGUUGUACGAUAAAUGAAGAAAUUUAUGUAUGAAGUCUAUUAUAAUAAACAAGACUAUAAAUUUCAUUUGUGGAGGGAGUUUCAGGCCUUUUGAGUUAAAUCUAGAUGAAAACAGUUAGCCUGGAAGAUACAAAGUGACUGUUCUGAACUGUUCAACAAAAGCAUGUUUAUCUCAUUUUCCCUUCGUUUGCUGAAAGUUUCAGUUGUGAAUUUUUCGUCACUGCCAUAAUCUUUCAGAUUGUUCGUGUGGAACGAGUCA